GUCAGCGACAGUACCGGGUCCGCGGGGUGAGCUCAUUACCGGAGGAGCAAGAGAGGUCGACCGGGGGUCGUAGCAUUGGUGCAUUUUUUGUUUGUUUUUGGGUGCAAGUGCAAGUGUCGGACCAACGUCGUCGUUUGCGAAAUAGCCUUCGCCCCGGGUGUCAAGUGGAUCGUACAAAAUAGGCCAGCACAAAACCGUCGCAACACGCCAACACGCGACAUUCGAGCUUCGCGCAUUUUGAGCUGAGUAGUGUUGAACCGAGCGAGAAUCUCGUGAACAGAAACGUGAUUGAUUGUUGGUUGACGAAGCGAAAAAGGAAGAAAACCGAUAUUGGUAAAGGCCAACAUACGCAGUGCAUGAGCAGCUACACGGCUCUCUAAAAAGUGGAGUGGAAUUAAUGAAAUUACAAUCCAUUGCUGUGGUUUUCAAUUGUUCAAGAAACGUGUGGAAGAAGGAAGAAGGCAAUCGGGAGAAUAAUAAUACUGACGCCGAAUGUAUGUUAUGUGUGAUUGUGGAGAAGAGAAGUGAUAGACCGUCAAUCGCCCCAAAGAAGUUCAAGACAGACGUGAACUUGGAGGAAACCGGUUUCCAGCGAGUUUACUGCUGCUGUUGGUGCCCAUUCUGACCGGAGAAAAACUUCACAAACGUCAUCAUCACCAUCAUCAUCGCCGCUAUUAUCGAUUAGAUUUUUUUUCCCGUUGGGUUGUUCCACACAUUUCGGUCGUGGUCAAGUCGAGCUGGCUGGCGCUGCAGCCGAAGAAGGAUAUUUAAAUUGACCAAUCUUCUCCAGAAUACGAUGAUUCUAUCGUGGCGCAUAUCGAAAAGUUUUAAUUUAAGGCAGUGAUUUUACACUUUCUCUCAGUUUUCAACCUGCUGCGUGCUUCCGGAGGCGAACGGGUGGUGGCGUAGCAUCGCACCCCGUAAUCGACAAAGGCUCCCCGGAAACCUCAGUGGCAGUGCACGAGCAAAAAAAAGAAGAAGCUCGACUCAUCAAUUUUUUAGUUACCGGGCUUUAGAUCUCCGACGAUUGUUACACUUUAUACAUUUGUAUAUAGAUCUAUUUAUUUUAUAUUGUGCCUCGAUAAGUGUUUGAUAAGGGAGCACAAGUUCAGUUUUAUUAUUACAUCCUCUGGUUCACAUUAGACGGUGAAGCAAGCGUCGAAAAAUAAAUGUUUAUUGCAGUGGUGUGCAUUGUAACAAAGGAAGAAAAUUAACAUCACCGCUCGACAACAAGUGUGCUUCGGUUACACAAGUGUGAAAGAAGAUCCAGUUCGGUGAAAGUGAAGUGCGUGAUAAGCCGCCUUCUGUGUUGGUGGUAGUUGCUGACCUUACCGUUCGGCACACACCGAGCAAGGAGUGCAAUCAAGAAGUGGGGUCAGUCCAAGCUGCCGUGCAGCAGGAAGUGAUUAGCCCACGGAGCACCGUACCGGGCCGGUUUUUCGGUUCAUCGUUUCGGAACGUGUGAAACCGGAGCAGUUGCAGCGAUACACCUUAACCUGGUAACCACCACUACUACUCGCAGACCCAAAACAUGAAAAUGGUGUUGUCACAACGGCAGCGCGAGGAGCUUAACCAAGCGAUUGCCGACUACCUGGGAAGCAAUGGAUACACAGACGCUUUGGAGGCUUUCAGAAAAGAGGCAGAUAUGCCCAACGAAAUCGAACGGAAGUACGGUGGCCUGCUGGAGAAGAAAUGGACCUCAGUGAUACGGCUCCAGAAGAAAGUUAUGGAACUCGAAGCAAAACUGUCCGAAGCGGAAAAGGAAGCCAUCGAGGGUGCACCAACAAAAGCCAAACGUACGCCCACCGACUGGAUACCGAGGCCGCCGGAAAAGUUUGCCCUCGCCGGUCACCGAGCCACAGUCACACGGGUGGUGUUCCAUCCCGUUUUCAGUAUGAUGGCUUCGGCGUCCGAGGAUGCCACAAUCAAAAUCUGGGACUUUGAAACGGGCGAAUACGAACGGACACUCAAAGGUCACACCGACUCCGUUCAGGAUCUUGCAUUUGAUUCACAAGGAAAAUUGUUAGCCUCCUGCAGUUCGGACCUCUCGAUCAAGCUGUGGGAUUUCCAGCAGACGUUUGAGUGCGUCAAAACCAUGCACGGCCACGACCACAACGUGUCGUCCGUGUCGUUUGUGCCAGCCGGCGAUUAUCUCCUGUCCGCCUCGCGAGACAAAACCAUCAAAAUGUGGGAAGUGGCCACCGGGUAUUGCGUCAAAACGUUCACCGGGCACCGGGAGUGGGUCCGGAUGGUGCGGGUCAACGUUGACGGUUCGCUGAUGGCAUCCUGCUCAAAUGAUCACUCGGUUCGCGUCUGGCAGACCAACUCCAAGGAAUGCAAGGCCGAACUGCGAGAACACGAAAACACUGUCGAGUGUAUUGCCUGGGCGCCGGAAUCGGCGGCGGCAGCAAUCAACGAGGCCGCCGGAGCCGAUAACAAAAAGGGAGCUCACCAGGGACCGUUCCUCGCUUCGGGAUCUAGAGAUAAGACCAUUAGGGUUUGGGAUGUAAACUCCGGGCUGUGCCUGUUCACACUCGUCGGUCAUGACAACUGGGUACGGGGCAUCGUGUUCCAUCCCGGCGGCAAGUACAUGCUUUCCGCCAGCGAUGAUAAAACGCUACGCAUCUGGGAUCUGCGCAACAAACGCUGUAUGAAGACCCUCUAUGCUCACUCACACUUCUGUACAUCGCUCGAUAUGCAUAAGUCACAUCCGUACGUCAUAUCGGGCAGCGUGGAUACGACGGUCAAGGUUUGGGAGUGUCGCUAAAUGUUUUCUUGUAAGACAAAGUUCACUUCUUUUGUACUCUAUGGUGAUGAAAUGAAACACACACUCACACAAAUACACAUGCAUACAUACACCAACUAAUACAAAGCAGCGUAAUAGAGCAGUGAAGCACGCGCAGCUGGGCAGCCAACCGUGGAAGGGAAGGUAAUUCUAUUUGAUAAGCAGCAUACUAUUUCAGUAACAGAAACCAUAUGCAAGAAAAAAAUACACAUUCAUAUUCUAUAUAGAACUUUAAUAACAUCAUUGACAACAUGGAAACUUUUACAGUACCAUUGAUAAUGAAAACCAGAAACAACAACUAAAAGAAAAGUAAAAUAUCCGAAAAUUAAUCCAGUUUCGUUGAAAUCCUCCUCAUUCUAAGCAAAAGUAAUACUUAUUCAAAACAUAAGAAACUCUGGAAAUGUUUCAGAAGUGGUCAACCUAAACAUGGGACAUGAGCAAAUUUCUCCGCGCAUGAAAAAUCUGGCGGACGAUUGAGCAAAAGCUACAACAUAUUAUCAUAUUAUAUUCUUAUUAUUAAACUAUUCCUAGAAAGUAGUCGUCAUACUUGAAAAUCUAAAAGAAGAAACAACAAUGGAAGUGUAAUAACUGUGAGAGUAUUGGGGAAGAACUUGAUUUGGGACAGGGCAAACGCAUUACAAAACAUGUGAACAGAUUGAGAAGACGCAAAACAGGAGACAAACGGACGCAGACACAUAGAUUCGACACAUAUGGUGAACAUUUUUUUUACAAAAGUGGUUCAAUGAAUGAUUGUUGAUUAUUUCGAUGACAACAUUUUGAACAAGCGUUAUUGCUUUUGUACUACAGAGAGAAUAAAAUAAAAAAACACAUUUUUGCAGAUUUUAAUGAUUUCAGUUUUUAAUGCGAGAUAGUAAAAUUUUCAAUGGUCAAUGAUGUAUAAUACUCCUAUUAUCUAAUUUCUGCAUACCAUUUACAGAUUUUGCGGUAAAGCUUAAAGUUCGUAAAUUACAAAAUAAUCUUUGAAAAGUUAACUUUAUAAAAUUAUAUCGAAACUUUAUGUAAUAUUCUAUCGAGUACGAAAGCAGUAACGCUUUUUUGGAAUGUUGACAUCGAAUUCUCCUUUGCUUGUGUCAACUUGAUUCUUGUGCGCCUUACAGGAACAGGGAGUCAAACUAUUCUCACUCAGCGCGGCGUAGCUAUCAUCAGGGAAAAAAAUGGGUGUCAUAAAUGUUUUGGUGGAAUGCCCUGUUCAUUUUGAAUUCGUCUCCUGGGCAGUGAUAAAAAAAUCAAAUUCUCUAAGCUCAUGCAUGAUACAAAUCAAGAAAAAUUCUAGAGCAAUAUACUAAAUUCUAUGAAAAAAAAAGUUUUUGCAUUGUGAAGCCCAAUCUGUUCGGCUCAUGCAGAUGUCUGGAUAAUUGAAAUUUGAGUAUAGGUUUUCCAACUUUGAAAGCGAUGUUAUAUACAACUUGCUUUAUUAUCUAACAAUGUUCUAACAAUGGUGCCCGUCGUUUCUUCAUAUUCCAUUUUCUAUUUUUUUUUAUGUAAAACAUUCAAAACUGCAUAAAUUUUCAUAAUUAUUGUUUCCCUUGGAUAACAGGUAUUUAAAUUUACGUUUCGCAUUUCUUUUCUCCAAAUUUUUCUCUAAUCUGGUCCCACUGAAUGGUAUACACUUUUUUCCUGUCCUGAUGUUCUUGAAAACAUUCAGUCAAUAAAUUGGGAUUUUUUGGGUUCUUCCUUGUGUUCUAGUACUGUAGUGAAUCAAUCACAAUACCAAUACCUAAUUGGAUUGUGCUGCUCAGCGUCGAUUCCACUGACCAAACUGCUUUUUCUGCCGAGAGCCAUGGCCAGAUUGCCGUGGUUUGUGCUGUGUUCAUUUUCUGUAAAUAUUAAUAUACAUUCACUUAUACAUAGUUUAACUCUAGUAGCUCUAUUUUGAGAUGGGUUUUCUAAUGCCACAAAAGUCGCAAGCACCUUAAUAGCGAAUUUGUUAUAGAAGAUUACGUAAAUGAGCGCACUGUUUUGCCACUUCCUAGUGCUAGCACAGAGCAAUCGUAAUGAAAUUCUUAGCCGAUAGAUUCCAAAUUGAGUAUACGAGAAUUUGAGCGUGAGUAUGCGGGAGUGAUUAUGUUGCGUGACGAUUUAAAAGAUUCUAAUACACAGUAGGAGAAAAUAAUCUUCAAAUACAUUCAGUCCAUUAUGUAAAAAAAAUCAUCCAUUUUACUCUGACCUUUGAACUACUGGACUUACAGACACACCGACCUAAACACUUCGGGGAAUACGAGUUUAAUGAGAAUUGAACGUCUAAGGAGCGAUGGUUAUUAAAUUAUUAAUUAAAUUUAAAAAUAGAAUAACAUAAAAGUGAAACAAAACAUAUUAGAAAUACAUAGUUAUAGCUAACCGAAAAAAAAAAUGCAUUCUUAAGUGAACAAAGUUUUAAUUGAUGAAAUGAAAAAUAAAUAACUUAUAAAGAUAAUGUUGCUAAAAAUUGAUGAGUUGAUUCUCUAUAAUCUAUACAACUAUGCUUGCUAUUAACUAUACAGCAUUGCUAAACCAACACAAACCACUUCUUACUUGUUCAUACUGGUUUAAAGUUAGGAAAAAAUAACUUUUUCCCUGCUGGUUAAGAUGAGUUUUUAAAGCCGGGAAGAGAUGAUAAAUGCGAUAUUUUUCGAGUAAUUUUUCCAGCAGCUGAGAGAAAAGCCUUUAAAUGCACUUCCACUCGCCAGAGGUCCUGCUUAUUUACAUCGGCAUAAAAGUGCUACGCGCGAUGAUAGAAUCAUAGCUUUUAUUAUUUUUUUGGUUGCAACACCGCAGCGAUCCCACCCACGUAUCUAUUCUGCCAAAUGAAAAUGUGGAAAGAGUACCUUGGUUUGCUUCGGAGAAAAAGUUCUAAUAAUCUAGUUACGUGCUAAUUAUUUUGAGUCUUUUUGCGUUGAACUUACAUUUUUACACCGGGAUAUUCGGGAUAGUGGGCUUUGAUCAAGACUUUCUAUAAAUAUCAUUGGUAUUGCCAAUCUGAUUUGAAUAUCGACAGAACAUGUUAAUAAUUAAUUGAAACUUCAUUAUCUGCAAAUGAUUCGCAACAUUCCUUUAAAAUUACUACCAAAUCAAAUUCGAGUUCUACUCCUUAAUGCCUCGUCGACAAAAGCGAUUUGAUUUUGUUUUUAGCGUUUCAGCAAAUAAAAUUUACAAUCGUUACUAGUCGAACCAUUUAUCAUAUGAGGCAUAUUCUUCCCCGUAAUAAUUUGUCCGUGGCUUAAUUCCCGUCUUAAAGACCACUAUCCUGGAUGGCUAUCACCGUUAUAAACACCUCGAUUAAAAUUAUUUUGAACAGACAUUAUUUUCGAAAUCGAUUUUCAAUAGAAAAACAGAACUACAGAAAAAACGAAUGUUUAGACGAUUAGCAGCUAAUGCAUAAACUUGUAAUUUCUUUUGAAGAGAGUGCAAAUACUUAUAGGUUUAGUUUUUUUAGCGAAUGAAGAUUUGAAUGACGAAUGAUAUGUUACUCAAGAGAAUAUUACAGAAAAAAACUCAAUUGAGAAGAAGCUUUUCGAAACGAAUAAAAUAAUCAAUAAAUUAGAAGGGAUGAUGGAAUGAUUGCUGUGGAAGAUGUGGAAAAUCGCAUCAAUUUAAAAUUUUCUCUUAUACCUAAAUAAAGGAUAAACGAACUUUAAUCACCAGAUAACUACAGCAAAACAUCAAAGACCUACAACAACAGUGUAACAACUUCGCAAAAAUAAAAACACAAGAACAAAUGGUUUGAAAUACAAUACAUAUGCAUCAUUUAACUAAACAUUGAAAACAAACAGGAAAUCAACUGAAAAAUUAAACACAACAAUUUUGAUUCUAUAAUAUGACAACAGCAUACUUUUCAUUGUAAAUACUAUUGAAAAUGGUAAUAAAAUAUAUUUAAAACAGCAA